UGAAAUCAAUUUAAAAAUCGAUUUGAAUUUGAAAAAUGGAAACAAAACAAAAUUGAAUAAAAAGGUUUGGCGGUCACAGCAGAGGACAGCACUUAUCGGGACCGUCGAUUCCCGAAGACUCUGGAACCGUUUUUAAACGGGCGACGGGAUAUUUUUAGAAGUCGCACGAACGACUCGGACGUUAUAGGGCGCCUCGUCCAUACCAUCCACUUGAAAGCGAACGUUCACAACCGACUUUUGUUCUGUGGCUGUGCUGUCUCCAUCGUGGUUCUGCUGCUGCUGUGGGUGUGUAUUUACAUCACGUGCGCGAAAUAUAUAUAUCAACAACAAACUACGCUGAAAGAAGGCAACAACAUUUAACACAGACACAACACAAUAUAUCGCGCCUGGGGAUCUAUUUUUAUCGACGUGAUUCGAAUUAUUGUUAGUGCGUUUCCUGAAGUUUGACGAGAUGACGGAAGAGAAAUGUUUCUGCGGGAAGGAGGCUCACCAGCGCUGUUCCGGAUGCCAGGCCGUCUUCUACUGCUCCAGGGAUCACCAGAAAAGCGAUUGGAAGAAGCACCGAUCCCAUUGCAAGGCCUACCGCAUCGAGCAGACGCUCACCGUUGGACGGCAUUUGAUCGCCUGUCGGGACCUCAAAGCUGGCGAUGUCAUCCUUCAAGAGAAACCCAUUGUUUUGGGACCCAAGCACACGGCCGGACAAAUCUGCCUCGGAUGCUAUUGCGGCGUCGACGGGCGGACGAGAUGCUCCCAGUGCGGCUGGCCCAUGUGCGGACGCGAUGAUUGCCACGCUCACGAGUCGGAUCACGCGGCCGAGUGCGGAGUGAUGGCGUCGGGUGGACGACCCAUCGUCGGCAGCCUUCCGGUUCAAGCCUACCAAAGCGUCAUGGUGUUGCGCUGCCUGGCGCUGCGGGAUCAGAAUCCGGAACGGUGGGAGGAGCUGAUGCAGUUGGAGGCUCACGUUCAAGAGCGACGCCAAAAAGGAAUGGAGGACGUGGAUCAAGCCACGGCGGUCCGAUUCAUCCGCGAAACGCUGGGACUCCAAAUCCCGGAAGAGCUGAUCCUACAACUGUGCGGAAUUCUAAUGGUCAACAGCUUCGAACAGCCGCCAAUGAAAGGCAAUUCUCAACACGGAUUGGUGGCCGUCUACUCGACGGCCAGUUUGCUGGAACACGAUUGCGUGGCCAACGCCAUCAAAACCUUCACCAACAAGGGGGAUAUCGUCAUCCGGGCGGCUGUGCCGAUACCUAAAGGAGAGAAAAUAGCACUGUGUUACACGGAGCCGCUAUGGGGAACGAUGAACCGUCAGCGUCACCUUUCGCAAACGAAAUUCUUCCAGUGCGUCUGCGAACGCUGUAAAGAUCCGACUGAGCUGGAUACGUUCACUUCUGGUUUUUAUUGCCAGAAAUGUCCGCAGCAAUCGGCGGGAAUCCUUUUGACAGAAAACCCGCUGGAUGAUGCCAGUGACUGGAUCUGUCGGCAAUGCGGCGCUCGCCAACCGGCCAACUAUGCGGCGGAAAUUAUUGAAAGUGUCGGCAAGGAGAUUGUGGCUUUGAAAAAAGGAUCGGUUAAGGAUUGCGAGGGAUUCUUGCGCAAGUUCUCCAAAGUUCUUCAUCCGAAUCACUUUUACUUGACCGAUGUUAAAAUGGCGCUCUGUCAAAUGUACGGACACCUGGAAGGGCAGAGUCUCAUUGAAAUGAACGACGAUACGCUCAACGCCAAAGAAGCUCUGGCUUUAGAACUUUUGAAAGUAGCCGAUGCUGUUUCACCAGGGAUGACCCGUUUGAGAGCCAUUUUACUGUAUGAGCUGCAAGCUGUGUUAUCCGUUCGUUGUCGUAAGCUCUGUCUCACUCAAAGUAUUUCAAAGGAAGAACUGCAAGCCAAUGUUAAAGUGGUACGGAAAAUGCUGCAAGAGUCAUCGACGAUCUUCUCGUGGGAGCCGGAAGAGACGGAUGAAGGUCGAUUAGCCAUCAUUUCCAGCAAGGAACUGAAGGAUGUUGAACUGUUUCUAAAAACCCUUGAUUAGAAUAUUGUAAAUUAAAUCUAAAUUGUUUUCUUACCUUAACCUCCCAUGAUUUUUAAAGUAGAAAGUGCUGUGGCCACAAAAUGGUUUUUCUUUGAAGUGAAAUAGAUUGUCAGAAAGA